GCGGCGACAACCAUUACUCGUUAAUAUCAAUGGCUGCUAGUGAGCCAUCAAGAUACCUGGCAAAAUCAUUGCCGCGGGCUAUUGUCCCCGCUGCCCGCCCUCAGGGUUUCUGCUGGAGGCGCAAUACUUCUGACCAAGCGUCCGCCAAACCGUCCGCUCUCGGUGACCUUGAGUCGGACGGGCUGCUGAAGGGCACACCUCCGCCGGUAGAAGCUGCGAAGCCUUUUGACCCCGUUGCACGGGCACGAGCGCGAAGAGCUCAGCUCCCACGAAGUCGCUAUCAAUUCCGUUCGCCAAAAUAUGAUCGCGGUCCGUUGCAUCCUCACAGGCCUCCGCCCCCAUCUGAUCCAUCUUCUCGCCUCUUCGUGCCUGGCCCUUUUUCUCUCACAAGAGUAGAGCAGACCCACGAGUCGACCAUCGCCUCCGAUAUCAUGACUCUUUGCUAUGUCCACAAUCCGCCAGGCUUCAAGCCUCCCCCAAAGGCGCCCCGUCUUCGCUCUUGGGAUGAUAGCUCUCCUUACCACAAAAAUCGAUCUCUCCGCGGUCCCCGUGGCGGCGACGUUCUGCGACUCCUCCGCAAGCCAAUAACCUUCAACAACAUCCCCAAGCUCGAGCGAAUUACGAUCCACAGUUACGUGAAGAAUGCCGCGAAGGAGAACUCCGGGUGGCUUCACGUAGCGGGUAUGGCGCUGCAAGCCAUAUCGAAUGUCAAGGUGGAGACAUACAAGUCAAAGACCAGCGUUGCCAAAUGGUACAUCUCUCCCGGUAGAGAUACCGUGGCCGCCAAGGCCGAGCUUUACGGAGAGAACAUGGAGCACUUCUUCGGAAAGUUGGUCGACAUUGUGAUGCCUCGUCUCAAAGAUUGGCCCGGUGUCAAGGGUACCAGCGGUGACAGCAGCGGAAACAUUACUUUCGGUCUAGAGCCUGAGCAGGUCGCUUUGUUUCCCGAGAUUGAGGUCAACUACGAUAUGUACCCACCCAAGAUGAUUCCUGGUUGCCACAUUACACUUCACACAACUGCGAGGACUGAUAAGGAUGCCCGAUUACUUCUAAGUGCCAUGGGAGUUCCGUUCUAUGGCAAGCUCAUUGACUAGUCAGCGUUUAAUUCAACUUGAGCAUGCAUUCUUCAUUACUACAUACCAGUCAUCACUUCACUCUCCCUAUCUUGAACUGGCGUAUAACGCACACUGCGAUACCAGCUUGAAGACGUGUAUACUACUCCUGUUUUAGUAUUUUCAUUACACAUGUUCUCUAGAAUUUACCUGUACGCAAUAUUGGAUUGGUUGUUUUGUCGCGUGAGUGAGUUAUAAACCAGAAAUGCUUAACUUCGAGCAAGGAAUCAAAUAAGGUCAAUGAGACCUACAACGAGAAG